UCAGCUGCAGCCGGCAGCGCACAUGUUGUCUCAAUGAACUCUCGCCCCCACGGCUCGUCUAACAUACAAUGGAUUAAUAGGAAAGACAUGAGUGUCCGCAAGGAGGACGGUAUUAGCUUGUGCCAGAGGGCUCUCCAGAUAGUCACAGAGCUUUGUCUUGCUGGCCACGUCGACCGGGAAAAAUGCGCGGACAUAUUUCCAUUGGAGAGCAACAUACCAGACAUCUCUGUCAGUCUCCUUGCUGUGGUCGUGGGUUUCUGUGGGCUUGCCCUGUUGGUAGUCUCUCUGUUUGUCUUUUGGAAGCUGUGCUGGCCCAUUUGGAGAAGCAAAGCCCUCUCUUCCCAUGCUGACCGCUGCCCACAGGUGGCUCCACCGGAGGCACCCCCACCACACCCACCCACGCCCCAGGCCCCUUCCCAAGAGCCCAAACUUGCCCAGGCUGGACGGCAACUGUCACAACAGCAGCCACAGCUGGAGGAUGAGGAAGAGAAGAGGAGGAAGGUGCCUGAGGUGAAGGUGAAUGGCCGUAGUUCAGUAAAGUUACUGGAGGCUGCUAUGAAGAUCAGCCAGACAUCACCAGACAUCCCAGCUGAGGUGCAGCAGGCUCUGCGUGAGAGACUCAGCAAGCAGGCCAAGUUCCAACGCCAGACCACUGAACCCACCUCCUCCUCCAGGCACAACUCUUUCCGCCGUCAUCUGCCACGCCAGAUGAAUGUGUCCAGUGUGGACUUCAGCAUGGACACGCUGCCUGUGCGGCAAUCUUCAGCAGUCAGCAUUGGCCGCAUCAAACCUGAGCUUUACAAGCAGAAGUCUGUGGACUCAGAGGAAGGUGCCAAGGAGCCAGUGGAGACUUGCGGCAAGCUCAGCUUUGCUCUCAGUUAUGAUUAUGAGGAGCAGGCCUUGGUGGUACGUAUCCUAAAGGCGCUGGACUUGCCGGCCAAGGACUUCACAGGCACUUCUGAUCCCUAUGUGAAGAUUUACCUGCUUCCUGAGCGCAAAAAGAAGUUCCAGACACGUGUUCACCGCAAGACACUUAACCCAACAUUUGACGAGACCUUCCGCUUCCCUGUUGAGUAUGAGCAGCUGUGCAACCGAAAAUUGCACUUUAGUGUCUACGACUUUGACCGCUUCACCAGCCAUGACAUGAUUGGUGAGGUGGUGGUUGACAACCUCUUUGAGUUGUCAGACCUCUCCCGGGAGGCUGUGGUCUGGAAGGACAUCCUUGUUGCCACAACAGAGAGUGUGGACCUAGGAGAAAUCAUGUACUCUCUCUGUUACCUUCCUACGGCGGGACGCAUGACCUUAACAGUCAUCAAGUGCCGAAAUCUCAAAGCCAUGGACAUCACUGGCUCAUCAGAUCCAUAUGUUAAAGUGUCACUGAUAUGCGAUGGUCGGAGAUUGAAGAAACGGAAGACCACCAUCAAGAAAAGUACGCUCAAUCCUGUCUACAAUGAGGCGAUCAUUUUUGACAUCCCUCCUGAAAAUGUGGAACAGGUCAGCCUAUCCAUCAUGGUGAUGGACUAUGACCGGGUUGGACACAAUGAGGUGAUUGGUGUGUGCCGUGCAGGGCCAGAUGCAGAAGGUCUGGGGCGAGACCACUGGAAUGAGAUGCUGGCUUACCCACGCAAACCUAUCACACAUUGGCAUGCCCUAACAGAGUGGCCAGGAAGAGCAGCCAGCUUUGAGAGUCAAGGGUCAUGCCCCUCCCCAAAACCUCAAACUCCAUAG